AUGGGAGACGUCGCCAUUGAUGCCAUGACUCCCGAGUCCGGCAACAGUGAUUCUGAGCCAGGUAUCUCUGAAAAUGGACCUGAUCUUCAGAAGAAUGGCAUUGUCGAAGAGUUCCAUGGUGACCCUAGCCCUCCUGAUCAUUUUACUCCUGAUCAUAGUUCCGCCGGACAUAAAACCCCGGAAUCACAUACCAAGUCGCAUGAAAACUCCUACCAGCCGAGAUAUCCUCGACGAGUCGAUCGCUUCAAGCAAGUCAUUACAGCCAAGAAUUGCCAGGGCUAUUUUGACCACACGUGUACUAUUUUCGCUGGAAAUAUCUCGACCAAGCUUGAUAUUCCCACGGCAGAGGAAGGCCUCACUGAGACAUUCUCUCAAUUUGGUCGGUGCUGGGUCAAGGUCAGGGAGGGCAAACUGAAGCCGAUCCCGGGAGCAUUUGUGAUUUUUGAUAACCCCGAGUCCGCAACAAAGGCCAUCGAACACCCUGGACUCACACUGCACGAGCGCCCACUGCGGGUUGAACCUGCGUACUGCAAGCGCUCUGCCAUCAUUGGCCAUCAUUCCGGAGAGUCCAUGACUGAGUCUGAUAUUGCUUUUGCUCUCAACUGCAACAACUGGGGCACGAUUGAGAAGUUCAACUUAGUGGAGUCGGUUGACGCAGGCCAGCUUCUGGUGGAAGCCUGCGUCACUUUUGCCUAUCUCUUCGAUUUCGAGGAAGCCAUCAGGGAUUAUACCGACGAUCUAUUCUACCUGCGUCCCAUCAUGGAGGGUAAUCAGGGCAGGCGAGCUGGUAGCCAAAUGCCACCCCGUAAUAAUGGGCAGCGAUACAACAACCACAACCACAACCACAACGGCAACCACAAUCACAACGGCAACCACAAUCACAACGGCAACCACAAUCACAACGGCAACCACAAUCACAACGGCAACGGCAACGGCAACGGCAACAACAACAACGGUUACAACAGUCGUCAGAGAGGUGGUCGUCAGUUUUCUCGUGGAGGCAAUACCCGCAAUAACCAUGGAGGUAACCGAUAUCCCAUCGGUCACGAAAACCAUCAGAACUUCAACGGCCCUGCACCCUCAAACGGUUACAAUGGUCAUGGCUUCAUGAACAAUAACCCUCCCACCGGCUUCCCGGUCAACAACUUCCCGGCCAAUGCCUUCCCUGGCAAUGGCUAUGCCAACGGCGGCAGUUUCCAACCAAACUCGCCAAUGAACUUCCAGGGCCCUCCAAACAUGGGCUUCCCAGCUCCAGGCCCUUUCGCUGUUCCUCAGCCUAUGAUGUUCAGCCCUCAGAUGCAAUUCCAAGAAGGCCCGCCUGCACCAUAUCUCACCAACGAGCCUUUCCAACCUGUUUACCCAUUCAUUGUACCCCAUCAGCCCGGCUUCCCUCCCCAGCCUCUGCCACAGCAUAUGCCUCAGCACAUUCAAAUGACUAACACGGGUCCUGUUUCUGCACCCCUCUUGUCUGGUCCUCUCAUCGUGUCCAGUCAACCAAUGCACGACAUCCAUCCCCCUCAUCAUUCACCACCAUACUACCCAAAUUCAUACAUGACUGUCAAUGGAUACAAUGGUAUGCAGAAUGACUGGCACAACCCCUCGUCUGGCCAUGGGGCUCAGCAUGAGUACACCCAAAGUCAACCUAUUCGCAAUUUGCCUGACUUGCACAGACUGGCUACUGACACUCGCCGAUCCAGCAGUGAUAGCACUGCUCACAGCACCCCUAAAGAAACUGGAUGCGAGCGAGCCAAGCGUCAGGGUCCAAUCAUUGACUCCGAGGCUCCUCGUCUGAUUCCUGUGCACCCUGGUGGUGAUGGAAGUUCCGAUAUCCCUCCAAGUCAGUCUGGUCGUACUGAGAGUGAAAUCAUUACUGUCAAGCCUCUCCAUACCGAGACAGAAGAUGACCUGCGGACCGCUGUGAGCGAGCCUAUCCAGACCUCGUACACCACCGUUGUUGAAGCUUCGGCUCCGAAUAAAGAAGAAACCCCAGAGGAGACAAAGCUUACAGCGGAAACCAAGCAGCGACCGGCCGCCGCGUCUGAUGCUGAGCAGGUUGUUGAUCGGAAGAAAAAAGGAGUGCGCGGUUCCAUUACUCCUGUCAGACAUGAGCCGAAGUUGAUACCCAGUAUUCCCCUGCAUGCAAACAGAGCUGCAUAUGGAGCAAAAAAGGCUAGUCUGAAGACUUCAGCUAAUACUAACCCUAUGGACUCAAACGCAACCAAGGAUCAAGCACAGUCUGAGGCCUCUGCCUCGACUGCCACCAACAUUCCAACCGAAACAAUCAGGGCCGAAGUUUCUUCGUCGGCUACUACCAGUGCUUCAACCAGUAUUUCCCCGGCCAAGGCUGAGUCCUCUACAUUGGCAGCUCUUAAGACACCGGCGCAAACCGAGCCGAAGGAAGCAACUGCCCUCGAGAUACCCAUCGCAGCCGAGCCUCUCGGAUCAUAUCCCAAGUACUCUGCUACAGCAUCCUCGUGGAGAUCAGCCGUUCCAACUUCCGUUGACUCGCACAAACACAAGUCAGUUCUUCCCCCAAAGCCACCCAGUGCUACUACCAACAUCGAGUCCCAGGAUCAUUCACCCCGAGGGCUUUCCACUACCGCUGAGCUCGGGCAAGAGCCCUCCUCCGCUCUGCUAGAUGCCUCAUAUGUCCCCAAAUUAGCCAGGGACAAUACAAAGGGGAAGGAACGGGAGCAGGAGGAUUUCAAAGGGAAGGGAAAAGCUCGAGAGACAGAGCAGGUGGAGGAAAAAGCAGAAGAAAAAGAGGAAGAUGCUAGGGCCAAUGAUGAGGCUUCAGUGACUAAACAAGACAAUGUCGAAAGAAAGGGCAAAGCUCCAGAGAUAAAGCAAGAGGACGAGCCGGCGGAAGAAACAAAGGAGCCAGAGGAUGACAGAGAUGGGCCAGAGGUGGAGAAAUAUGAGGACUCUGAGGAGACCAAGGACCAGGAAGAGGAGGCAAUGUCAGAAGUGGCAAAGGAAGCAUCUGAACCAAUUCCCAACCACGAAGAAGAGGUUCACGUCACAACAGAACAAAAUCGUGAAGAGGAACUCCUAGAUGAGGAAACUAUCCGCAAGCGUUUUGCAAACCGCACACCUCUGCCACAAGAAAUGAUGCCCAAGGAAUACAGUAUGGAGGAGAUCGUUAUGAAAAUGGCAACUGAGAGAGAAAUCAAUACAAAUUUGCCGUGGUUAUUGGAAUUCAUCAUGGAGAUGGAGGAUGAACAAAGAAAAAAACAUGCCAAUCCAGAUGACGCCAAUGAAGAGACCUCCAACCAGAAGACUCCUACUGAACACGCUCCUACCGAACAUACUCCUGACGAGACUGCCACUCAAGAUGUUCUCACUCAAGAUGCUAUCACUCAAGAUACCACCAACAAUGAACACUCUCCUCCUGCUACCUCUGCUCUCACAAAUGACUCGUCUGCUUCAUCCCGAGAUGAGAAAGAGCCGAUCGAUGUCUGGACCGGAGAAUGGAAUGAUCACUAA